AAACCAAAGUAAAUUAGAAGAAAGACACUCACACACCACAAACACACAUUCAGGCACAGUGAAAUCGCGUUGAUCACACAGUCAACUCAUGUGCGUUGACUUUUAUGGUUAAACAAUAUUUCGGUACCGUUAAAAUGACGCCACGGAAACAACAUGCUACCGGUAACGAUUGUUCCCGUGAAAUCCUCAGGCUUGCCGUAUUUUUUUUUGUUUGUUUAUUUGUUUUGACUGAGAAAUUUCCUUGCGUCCCAAAAACCCACAUUAUUUGGAACUGUGCGUCCCGUGGGCAAAUUAUGCGUCUCGGACGCGGGACGCAGAGGUAAUGAGAUGGCUGAAUCUCUAAACAUUCUCUGAGUACUACUAUUAUUACCACUCCCACUAAUACUACAUUAAUUAAUUAAAUACCUUCAACUUCAUGAUAAUAAUUAAAAAUAAUUAAAUCAACCAUGAUUUUAAACUAUGUAUUAUCAAUAUUCAUUAUUCCAAACAUGAGAAAGCAUUCAGCAAACAUAACUGGAAUCGGCCAAAAGGACUCCAAAUCCCAACGGCCAAACCCGGAAGUGAAGUGUCAACAUUUUUGACUCCAGCUGUAACGCAAAUUACGUGGUUCAAACAAACAUUCUAGUGCGACCGCACAAACGUGACGACUGCGCAAAAAUAACUAAAUAAAAGACACUCCUGUUACAGAAAGGCUUUACACGCUAUUUAAACUGCCGAUCGCGAACGGAACGAGCCGUGAUUGAAACUAACUGUGAUGCCGCUCUUUACACGUUGUACUGACUGUCAGCGACAGCCCCGCCCCUCUUAAUGCGCCAGACAAAGUUAUCAACGUGGGUUUCCCGGGAUGGAUUUUGUUUGAUUUCUUUGUGAUUUUUGCGGUCCUCUGGCCCACUUUAUACCUGUGGAUGAAGGAUUAGGGGCUCUAAUACCUCGUUGUAUCCGAGGACCGGCAACCCAAGGCCAAGGCCAAGGACUUGACUCCAAGUCAGAGGACCAAGGACCGCCCUUCGGUCCUCAAGCCGGUCCUCGAGGCCGAGGACCGGCUUGAGGAACACAUCACUGACAAAUGGGCAACCAAAACACUUCCAGAGUGACCUUUGCGUCGCCAUUUCUACUCCCAGGAAAGCAUGUGAGCUGUUGGAAUGGAUGACUUGGAUCACAGCAUGCGCAUCGCCGAGGAGGACUGGUUCAACUUCUGCCAGGAGAGCAAGGAGUGCUGUGUGCCGCAACCUCUGCUCGCCUGUCCCGAGGGCCUCCGUUGUUCCGACCGCUCGGUUCCAGCCACUCAGUCGCCGCAGAGCUUAGAAGAAAAUAGAACAACUUGUGUUAAACUGGAGCUCGUUCAGGAUGUCGUAGAAGAGGAUACAGCUGAGGACAAUAAAGCCCAAAUAUGUAAUGAUACAGGAAUUCCUCUUUUCAGUCGGGAGGUGCCUGUAACAGAGGAACGCAUCCCCGAAGAGAGCCAAAAGAGUGUCAUACAGACACCGGAGGUCAAUGACGUCGCUAGGUCACCGCCGACUGAGCGUGAAACAAAAGUGAGAUGUCUGGCUCAGCCUGGCAGCAAAUUUCCUCCAAGAGAGGAGAAGGAGCGCUGGUUUGUGACAUUGUCGGUGAAUGACAGUCCAGUGUCGCGCCUGGCCAGUGCAAUUCCAAGGGGAAAAAAAGCUCCACUUAAAAAAAAAUGGCGCACACCCAGGCGGGAGCCUCAACACAAUGAAAGUGCGCUGAAUAAAAAUAUCAACGCAACACCAAAUCAAAACAGAAGCAAAGAACGAGUCGGGCAGAAACCCUCUUGUGGUUCCGUCCAAAACGUUUGUAUGGAAACCAGGCAUGAUGGCGAUAUAAAACGAAACGACAGACAAAGACCUGAAGGUAUAACACAUGACCGUGAAGACGGAACAAUAGAAGAUAUUCAGCAAAACCGCCACGAAAGAACACAGCUUGUCGAUAUAGUCCAAAACAAGAAAGCAGAAACCUUGUACGAUGGCGAUAGAACGACACAUCAAGAUGACAGCAUGCGGCAAGACAAUGUCGAAGAAAGCCUACAAGGUGACGAUAUGGUGCAAAACAACAACGAAGGAGCCUUACAUGAUGACGGCGCGCCGAAAAACGAUAUCGAAGGCACCCCGCAUGAUAUUUUUCCUUUGGAGAAGGUGGACUCAGAUGAGUUUGUGGACUGUGUUGAAUUCUUCACCCUUCCCAGUUCUGGUUCUGAACUCUAUCUUUCAGCUUCUGAAUCAGUGGCUCAGGAUCUCUUUGAGGAGGACUCCGUUGAAAAUCAACCAAGACCGUUCCCGUCCUACUCCUCAUCAUCAUUACCACACAACUGUGAUCCAAUUCAAAGUUCUGGUGUGAGGAGUCUGCAGGCCAGAGAAUCAGACGACGACAGUGGAGGUUCUAAUAAAGCUUUUGUUGAGCCCACGUGGGCGUUUCCACCAUUGAUGGGCCAAAGAGGUGCCACAGCUCCAGCUGAGAGCUCCACCCAACAGAAAGCAGAUCUGCCGCGGGUCCAAACAGAACCUCACCUGACAGGAUGCGGUGUCGACGGUCCUCGGUCGGUUCCUGAUGUCAUCGUCACCCCCGUGGCCGACGGCCCCGAAGCGUACGCCCAGGCUGCGGGCCGCGCGCCGUGCGUCUACGCCAUCUCGGACUUCUGGGACGAAAUGGAAAAAUUAACCAUCAAUGAUAUUUUACAGCUGAGGAUGACGAGAAGCCCGCCUUCCACUGAGACAUCCGAUGUCCCGUCGCAAAGCGGUUCACUUGCGGACCCCAACGAGCUUCAUUUGACAGAUGGAGGCCUCACGGAUGCGUCCGACGCCGCUGACUCGGAUUAUUUUACACAGCCAGACGACUCCAAGGUGGACAGAUCCAGUUGGGAUUUCUCUGUGUGUGACUUUGAAGAUGACUAUUGGCAAUUUUUGGGCAUGAGUAGGAACCCCAGUCCUGAUCUGAGCUGCAAAACCCAACGGGAGAAAGAGGAAGAGGGAGAGGAAGAGGAAGGGGCAACUGGACUCCAGACCCCAGUACCAGUCGAAGACUCCGCAAGACAAAACCCAAUGCCCAGAGCGAUGAUGAAAAACAAAAGUGUGCAGAAUAUACGAGCUCUCAACACGGAGGAUUUAUCUUUGCAGUCACAUUUACACAAUGAUGAGAAGAAGUCCAAGAGAGACAGUCUGGGGUCAAUCGUAGCCGCACCUCUCCAAGGAGACGAUCUGGAAUUUUUCCCAGAAUCCCUCACCACAGAGGGAACGGGAAAUAGGAAUGUCAUUCUCGUCUAUGAUCCCAAAGGGACCUCACAUGCUCCCGGAUAUAAUGAUAUGAUUUGCACAUGUGAGCAUAAAAUGUUCUUCCCAACUCAGUGGAAACCCAUCCCGAUUUUCUCCUGCUCACAUCCGACCGUCAGAGAACUCCCGCUCCUCAAAAGGAAUGAUCCGUUUUUAAGCGUAGACUUUUUGGAAGAGGACGUCAUUUCGCCUGUGCGAAUUAUCUCGCGCGCUCUCCAGGUAGCUGAAUAUCAAAGUGGGAGGAGCUUACUGCCAUUCGGUAAAAUCCGCUUCCAAGACAAAGGCAGCAUCUGGUACAGGUCUGAUGGGUGGGAACUGCCGACCCAAAGUGAGGAGGGCCGUGUUGUUGUUCCCACGGUAGAAGGAGUUUCCCUUCAAGCACUUGAGCAGCAGAGGAUCGUGGGAACAAUGCAGAGACCAGUGCGAGUGGGCGUCUUGUCUGCGCUACAGCAGUCUGACAUGUGUUUGGUCUGCAUCGCAUUUGCCUCCUGGGUACUUGCAUCAUCAGAUCCAGAGUCUGCUGAUGCCUGGAAAGCAGGUAGGAGACACUUCAUUAGGUACACAUACUCAAGUCUCACGAGAGCUGUCUCCAGGUGUGUGAAAUCCAGGUCCAGAAAGUAAAAACACACUCAAACGUUUUUAGAUCACAGACACUCAUCGAUGACGUGACAUCACUUUGAGCAUCAUCGAGAGAUAAUAUCUGUCAGACAGAGUGAAGGCUCCGAGAUCUCAGACACAGUUGUCAAAGUCAAGGUCCGGGUACCAGAUCUGGCCCGCCACAUCAUUUUACGUGGCCCGCGAAAGCAAAUCAGGAAUGUUAAGUUCCAUGAUGCUUGCUAAAGUCAGAACCAACGUUUCAAAUUGUCACAUGUAAUCCACAAUAACGGUCAUUAUUCUUGACUUCUGAUUUUUAAACUAGUUAUCCACCAAUUUGUCGUGCACUGUGUAUGUAAUAUGUGGAGGUGAUUAAACAUUGAUAUGGUUUCCCAAAAUUCACGGCCCUCCAAGGGAAACUGUAACCACAAUGUGGCCUGCGACAAAAAUUAGUUUGACACCCCUGUCUCAGACUGAAAUGCAUCAGUUCCGCAAUACAAAGAAAUUAAAGAACACAUUUAGAAAAAAAAGAGGAUAAGCAAUUUGGGUAAUGGCUGGAUAGACGUAAAACAAAGCGAUUCAAAUCAAUUGUUACUGUCAAAAGGUACAGAACCAGAUAUUAGGUUUCGGACAAAUGACUUUUUCACCGAGACCACCAAGAUUUUAGAUUUUUUUUCCCUAAAAUGCAUCUUAUAUUUUAUUUGUUAUUAUUUUUGUGAGAUAUUCAAAUUGGUUUGACGAUCUGAGACUUUAAGUGUGAUACAUGGGGGGUCUGAAAUGAGUAAAGGGGAAACUAUUUUUCCGUGGCAUUCUACAUCUUAUAUCUGCACAACAAAAAUAAUCAAAUGUGCAAUCUCUUUUCUAGCUGUGCUUGCAAACGUGAGCGCGCUAUCAGCAAUCCAGUACCUGCGACAGACCAAGUGAAGAUGAAGAAUCCUCAGCAUGGCAUUACGUUAUGUAAUUACAGUCAUGUCAUUUCCAGUCAGUUACGCACGGGUCCAUCCAUAAAAUAUAUUUAUUCCACCUAAUGUUCAAUCAAAAUCGUGUGACAGCGUUUCAAGGUUAACAGCAUUUUGAAACUAGACGCCAGUAAAUCUUAUUAUGAUAUUGUCAAUUUAAAGAAUUAUGACCCGUUCCAAGGUUUGAAUAAUGAUUGGCUGGGUAUGUGAAAAAAAGAAAAAAACGAGGAUGAAUAUAUAUUUUUUUGUGUGUCGUUUCAUGUGACGUAAGCAAGUUUAGUCUGAAAUUUGCACAAUCCUACCCAUUGGCCAAGUAAGCCGUUCGUAAUACCUGGACCAUUACUGGGCAGCUGUAGACACGCUUAGCGAUGGCAGCAGAUUGUGGUUUUCACGACAAGCAGCGUCGCCCAGUCGAAAACGGAUUGAAUGAUGGAUGCCUAAAAGUGUGAAAGAUACUGUAAACAUAGAGUAUAUUUUUGAAAAAUAAAAUGAAACAAAUGUGAA